UAGAAAUUCAUCCGAAUCAGUCUUAUUGCAAUCUCUCCGGUGUACACAUCGUUUAGGCGAGGCUAGAAUGGCGAAGCUACUGCUAAUACUCACGGCACUCGUUAUCGCUGGAGCCCAAGCGGAACUCUCAGAUUUCACAACCUCCUCCACCCGGUUCGGUUUCGACUUCUUCAAGAAAGCCUACAACCCGUCAGAGAAUGCCAUUCUGUCACCACUUUCGAUCCACUCCUCCCUGUCCAUGUUUUACCAACUAGCCGGGGAAAAGGUAACACCAGAGAUGCAAAAGCAUCUCUACCUUCCCACUGACAAGUCGAAAGCUGCCGAUGAUCUCCGCAAUUGGUUGGCCGCCGGCCAGGAUAGCAACAAAAACGCGGAUGCCCUUAAAACACGCUCUAAGAUUUACCACACCAAUGCGAAGCUCAAACCGGAUGUGAUUCCUCUGUUGCAUGGCCAGUUCGGUGCAGAAGUUGAGUCCGCAGAUUUCACGGAAGCGGAACAAGUGGUGCGCUCGGUUAACGCCUGGGUUGAUCAAGCAACGGGUGGACUGAUAAAGGAGUUCAUGGACGCUGGAGACGUACGGGACGAUAACGAUCUGAUGCUGUUGAAUGUUGUGGCGUUGAGCGCAUCCUGGAGGGUGCCAUUCGAUCCCACCCAUACGGAGAAGACUACGUUUCACUUUGUCAACGGUGAUCAUGACGCGGACAUGAUGUAUUUGGAGGGUGACUUCCCUUACACGUUGGACGCAGAAAAUCACUGUUACGCUGUGGAGUUGGAGUACUCGGAGGACACAGACCUUUCGAUGGUGCUCAUUCUGCCAACUGAAGAACACACAUUGGAGCAGGUUGUUCAGCGCUUGAGUCUUGAUAUGUACAUUGCGUUGGAUAGCUCGCUUCGUUCGACAAAAGCGACGGUAACGAUUCCUAAAUUUACGAUGCGAAUGAAGUUGGAUGCCAAGGAGCAGCUGAAGGAGAUGGGUUUGAAGGCGAUGUUUGAGAAGUUGGAUUUGAAUAUAUUGGCGAGAGAUAAGUCACGCCUUGGUGAGGUCAAACAGAUGUCCUUCAUCAAGGUUGAUGAGAAAGGAACAGAGGCAGUCGCUGCAACUGAGAUCCAAGCUGUCGGCCGAAGUGGAGGUACGCAAUUUAUCGCUAAUCGUCCGUUCCUUUAUUUGAUCCGGAAGCGAUCGAAUAAGAAUAUCAUCUUCAUCGGUCAUUUCUCCGUCCAUGAAUCUUGAAAUGUUAGCUAAUUAGUCUCUAAAACUAAGCCCAGCAACAGAUGGUUAUAACAUUACUUAAUGAAAAUAAACAGAAACUUUUCUCAAUGAAAAAACUCA